AAUGAUAUCACUCAUUCUCUGUUCAUCUCUUUCAUUACUAUCUUUUGCGAUGAGUAAAGCUUCCGGCCCUUUGCGACGAGCGGCGCGGUACUGGUAAGCCAGCAGACAAGAAGAACUGCAAGAUGCCAGAGCUGACAGAGGUCACUGAGAGCAAGCCUGAAGUGAAGGUGGAGGUGGAGUCUGGUAGUGACUCAGACUCUGAUGACUCAGUCCCCGAGCUUGAGGAUGGUGUCAAUGAGGCAGCAAGCAAGGUUGCACAAGCUGCCGGCCUUCCUGAUGAGCUGACUUCCCGGGCCAAGCAGUCAAGGGGUGAGAAGAAGGCCAGGAAAAGCAUCUCCAAAUUGGGCCUGAAGCUGGUCACGGGUGUGCAGCGCGUCACCAUCCGGCGCUCAAAGAACAUCAUGUUUGUCAUCAACAAGCCGGAGGUGUUUAAGUCGCCAGCUUCCGACACGUACAUCGUGUUCGGUGAGGCCAAGAUCGAGGACCUGAGUCAGCAGGCGCAGGUGGCGGCGGCCGAGAAGUUCAAGACGCCGGAGGUGAACCCGGCCGCCGAGCCGACCGCCGCCGCCUCCGUGCCCGACGCCAUCCAGGAGGAGUCCGAUGAAGAAGGCAUCGACGAGACGGGCGUUGAAGAGAAGGAUGUCGAGCUUGUCAUGCAACAAGCCAACGUCACCCGUUCCAAGGCCAUCAAGGCACUCAAAAACAAUGGGAACGACAUAGUCAAUGCGAUCAUGGAAUUGACGAUGUAGCACCAGCGGUGGAUCGCCGGCAUUCCUGGUCUCUGAAGCAGUGCUUGAUCAUUAUAUGAUACUGUGGUUUGUCUCUUUGCUGUUCAUUAACCUCUGGUAUCACAAUGCCUGUAUCUUGCAAGUCAUUUACUGGAUGGCAUCUGGGUGCACCUGGAGGUCCCAGCCUAUCAGAAGAAGUGCGUUCUGUUGAAGCUGGCACUCUAAGUGGCGGUGACAACAUCCGAUCUGCAGAAGCUGGUUACAGUCGAGUUGCUUUGUCAUUCAUCGAGCAAGCUUCUGUCGUUUUUUUGUGAUCUGAAAUGGCGAGACAUUGCUGGCGAUCCCACCACUCUUGGCGACGUCAUCCCUCCCCGCUCUGGCUGCUGGAGCGUUUUGUAUGGUUUGUCUCCGAACCUUGACAAACAGUCGUAAUACAUGUGUUGCAAAUAUC